CUAAGUCCUGUCAUGGCAGCGUCCAGCGCUGGAGCCGGUGUGAGAGAACGCGAUGCUCGGUUUUUUGUCCGCGCGACAAGCGGGUUUGGAGGACCCUCUUCGCCUCCGGAGAGUGGAGUCCACCAGGAGGAUUUUAGCACUGGAGUUAAACAAAGACAGAGAUGUUGAAAGGAUCCACAGCUGUGGAGUUAACACCCUUGACAUUGAACCCGUUGAAGGGAGAUACAUGUUAUCAGGUGGCUCAGAUGGUGUCAUUGUGCUUUAUGACCUUGAGAACUCCAGUAGACAACCUUUCUACACAUGUAAAGCAGUGUGUUCUGUUGGCAGAAACCAUCCUGAUGUUCAUAAAUACAGUGUGGAGACUGUACAGUGGUAUCCUCAUGACACAGGCAUGUUCACAUCAAGUUCAUUUGAUAAAACUCUGAAAGUAUGGGAUACAAAUACGUUACAAAUUGCAGAUGUAUUCAAAUUUGAGGAAACAGUUUAUACUCAUCAUAUGUCUCCAGUUGCCACCAGGCAUUGUUUGGUAGCAGUUGGUACUAGAGGACCCAAAGUACAACUUUGUGACUUAAAGUCUGGAUCCUGUUCUCACUUCCUACAGGGUCACAGACAAGAAAUAUUGGCAGUUUCCUGGUCACCACGUUAUGACUAUAUCUUGGCAACAGCAAGUGCUGACAGUAGAGUAAAAAUAUGGGAUGUGAGGAGAGCAUCUGGAUGUUUGAUUACUCUUGAUCAGCAUAAUGGGAAAAAGUCACAAGCUGCUGAAUCAG